UUAGGAUAAGAUGUGGCUGAAGUUUUGUGCGAUUUAUUUACGCCAUUCACUUGUGGAUUAAUUGUAGAUAAAAUUGAACACCAAAUGUGUGUACGCCUCUGAGAUCAUCGCGGGAAUCGAUUACAAAUCGUAAGCUAAAGUGUACAAGUCUGAUGAAACUUACAGGCAGCCCAUUUCUGAUACCACACUGAUUCUUUGUAACUCAUCACAGGUGAAUCACAUCAACAACAUGAUAGCCCGAAGCUUGUUACUCUUGCUUCUUUACCUUAUGCUUUUGGCUUGUUGUACCGAUGGGUGCCCAACGAAAACAGGGGAAAAAUAUGAAGCUCUAUUUUUAGACAAGAUAAUGAAGGCUUGGAAAUUGGACAGCCAAUUACGAGAGCACAUACUUGACGACUCUAGAUAUAUAAAUCUGAGAAGAAAAGUGUAUCAUGCUCUAAAGUUUGUUUUGAUGCCAAAGAUGUUGGAAAAAAUUGACUAUUUGGAGGCAGAAAAAAGAAAGAAAGCGCUACUAAAAAUAUGUGCUACUUGUCCGUGGAUUUUUGACAAGCGCUAAGAGCCUUCCUGAAUAAUUGUUUCACUUCAGUACCUAGAUCAACUGUUGUUGUUUUUAAUUUCACUAAAUAAAAAAAACUAAAAGAUA